GUGGUGCAAUUUUUCAAACUUCAGAGCGGGUGUUGGAGAUUGUCCUGCAGCAGAAUAAACAAAGAGGUAUCAAAUUCAUGGAACAAGGAGACAUGCUGACCUCAAAACUUCCAUUGUAUCAAGGCUUGAAAGAUAAUUUGGGCAACAGACUCCCUGAUGCAGCUUCCAAACCUAUGGACAAUGGAAAGAAGACCUUUCUUCCCAAGCUUGAGCUCAAUAAAGAACUACCUGUUCUUUUCAAUUUUGCUUCUAAAAGUCAAAAUGGUGCAGUAUUCAAAGCACAGAAUACAGCUGCCAACCAAAGGAAAAAGCCUUCUACGUAUGCUGCCAGAGGCCCGGCAGCACGACUCAAGUUGGAGGCAGAGCUCAGAGACAAGAAUCAAUUGCUUGAGGCUGCCAAUCAUCAGCUCCUUGAAAACUUGUCAGAAGCAAAGGAGAGUAUUGGAGAGCUGUUGGAGAAAAACACAAAGCUGGAGGGAAACCAUAAUGAACUACAAAAGCAAUUGGAGACCUGCAUGCUUUAUCUGGAAACCAGCAAUAUUGAUCCAGUUUCUGGUGGUAGAAUCCUUGAAUCAGCACAAGAGAAUAAAGAGCAAAGAAACAAAACUAUGAGUCUAGUCCGGGAUCUAAAGAAUGAACUCGAGCAGUUCAGCAGGAAUGUUGCUGUCCAGAGAGCACAGCUGGAGGAACUGAAUAGCAAGGGAAGAAUAUUAAAGGAAGAAAGGUUGAGUUGCCUUCAGGAGCAAGGUGAUUUUCAAUCCGAUUUGGAAAACAUGCAGAAAGAACUGGAGGAAGCACAAACACUGCUGGAAACUAAAAAUGCUGUAAAUAUAUAUUAUUCGUAAACCGUUUUCUAAUUAGUGUAUACUGUAUAUCUUAAGUCAUUCAUGAUUUCCACAGAACCCUUACAUGGUAGAUACCCCUUUCUGUAAAAGCGUGGUCAGCUUGAAUUGUUUAAUCAUUUAAAAAUAUUUGUAUCCCCUUCCCAAGGCUGGAGAGACGGUCAGGUUGUUGAUAGGUUUGCAGGUUUAUCAAUUAUUAACUACACUGUCUUUUAAAUUACUAGCUACACUGUAUACACUACUCUUCCCAUUUGCAUUUAAGUGCAUUCAACCAGUGCACUGUGUCAGUGUUAUUAAAAAAACGAAAAUCUUCAAAUGAUCGCAGCGUAUCCAGAUCAUGCUUCCUGCAACAAUGCUCUGGUUUUCUGUUCCCACAAUAUGCCUGCAAACAUACACUGCAUUGUUCAGAAGAAAAAAAUCUCUUUGAUCCAAGUUUAUAUACCUAUGAUUUUUGAAAAUAAAAUAUAUCAAAACUA